UAACAAUUUUAUAGCCUUUUUUUUUUUAAUAUUUGAUUGCAAAUUAUUGAAAACUUGAAGAAAGUGGAAUUCAUAUUCACAUCGAUUAUAGACAUAAACAAGUAAAUUGCGUCUUUCUCGAUCGCAAAUGUGAACGAGAGAAGAAGGAAAUAAAAAAUCAGUUAAUGCAGUUAAAAAAUCUGCAUUAUUGAUGCAGAUAAGGGAAGUGCAUGUAAAUGUGAGUGAGCGAGUGAGCGAGUGAGCAAGUGAUUGAAGUGUAAAAAGAAUUCUUCCGUAUGCUCCAAUGCUUACUUCAAUAUGUUGAAUAUGUGCCAAACAGUUAUGUUAUAGUUUAUAGUGCUAUCAAAGUGUAUUUGUGAUAAAGUGUUUAUCGUUUAUCCCCCAAUAAAAAGUUGUACACCGUAAGUUGCAUUUCAAAUGUUCUGAGAACAACAAUUGCUUGGUUGGUUCAUUCUAUAUAUAUGGUUGCUAGGUUGUGAUAAAAUGCAAAGUUUACGUUUACCGACACUAUUGCAUUCAUUGAUAAUAAAAAAAAAAGGAGAAAAACUCUAAAGACUUUCCUGACCAUCAUUAACGCAUCAUCAUCAGCAUCAUCAGCAUCAUCAGCAUCAUCAGCAUCAUCAUCAUCGUACAUAAUAAUUUUAUCGCCUAAGAGCUUAGCCACAAUAUACCAUCUUCUAAAUGAAGUAUGAAGAAACAAAAUGUACGGACGAUAUCUUUAAUCGUUUGUACAUUUACCUAUUUACUCGUCGGUGCUGCUGUAUUUGAUGCACUCGAAUCUGAAACUGAGAAACGUCGCUGUGAAGCUCUACAAGCCGUUGAAAAGAUGAUCAUUAAAAAGUAUAAUAUUACCGAAGAGGAUUUUAAAGUAAUGGAAACUGUGGUAUUGAAAUCAGAACCACAUAAAGCCGGACAACAGUGGAAGUUUACAGGUGCAUUUUACUAUGCGACAACAGUAUUGACCACAAUUGGUUAUGGCCAUUCGACACCUAGCACAAUUGGUGGCAAAUUAUUUACCAUGUGUUAUGCAAUUGUAGGCAUACCACUGGGUCUGGUUAUGUUUCAAAGCAUUGGAGAAAGAGUGAAUAGACUGAGCAGUUUUGUUAUUCAAGCGGUGAGAAAAUCGCUGCAUUGCAAACGAACUGCCGCCUCAGAGGUAGAUUUAAUAUGCGUUGUUACAACGCUUAGCUCUCUUACAAUAGCCGGUGGUGCUGCAGCAUUUUCGAAAUUCGAAGGCUGGAGUUAUUUUGAUUCAGUAUAUUACUGUUUUAUAACUUUAACUACAAUAGGUUUUGGCGAUAUGGUAGCUUUACAAAAAGACAAUGCUCUUAAUAAUAAACCCGAAUAUGUUAUGUUCGCCUUAAUUUUCAUUUUAUUCGGUUUAGCAAUUGUCGCCGCUUCGCUUAAUCUCUUAGUCCUCCGUUUCGUUACUAUGAAUACCGAGGACGAGCGACGCGAUGAAGCUCAAGCUAUGCAGUUUAUGACCAAGUCCAAUUUUUGGACAAACGAGGCUCUUCAAGGUACAGUUAAAUUGGAGGGCGAUGUCAUAACAGCCAAUGGUUCGAUAUUAAGCGGUUAUGAAGGUCAUGACGUUCAAUCAUUUACCGGAUCAAAUGCGUCAACAAUGUGUUCGUGUCAUUGUGCAUGUUUUAGUGCAAAUCGACACAAAAAAAGUUCUCUCCGAAGCUCCAUUGAAGAUAAUGAACAACCGGAAAAAGUAAGCCGUUCAUCUACUGUCUGUCAUACGCGACAUUUACUGCCUGAAGUUGUUCCCAUGCAGGAUUUAAGCUAUGAAACGCAUAGCCUUAAUCAUCGGCUCGACUGUGUUGACGUUGUUGACACUAGAUCUUCAUCGCAGCCUCAGUUGCUUAAGCGUAACGUCUCACUUUUAUCAUUUCAGUUUAGAAAUAUUUAAAAAUUUCCCUUUUAUAAACUAAAUAUUUUUUUAAAAAUUAAGUCGAAAGAAAUCACUUUAUCUCAUUCUCUCUUGCGCGCGCACAUUCUAAGAAAAAAAAAAAAAAA